AUGACGAGGAAAGAAAAAAUCAUCACGAGCUUUCUGCCGGCCUCUGUGCUGUGCUGGAGCGAGUGGUCCGAGAUGUCGGUUCCCGUCGAUGCCACGUCCGCCACCCCGACCCGAGCAUUCUCUCCGCACUCGCGACGGUUGCAGAGUCACGUCACCAAAACACCCGCACCGUCCCGUCUUCGUUGUUUCCCAAGCACGGUGGGAGCAGAUUCCCAGUUGAGCGAGAUUGUCUGCUGUAGGUCUCACAACAGGGGCAGGGGCCAUUGUGAGCAGCCGUAUUUGGGUAUGGUGGGUUCGAGGGGCAAGGGUUCCAUGGCCAGAAGCGGGCAGCCAGCACCCCAACAUAGUUGGAGCAUCAAAAGCGUAGCACGGUUCAUCAAGGUGAGUGACGCUGAAUGCUGGUGA